UCUGUCGGCAGUUAGUCGCGGAACGUUCGUCGUGAAACGCGUGUUCCCGGUCCGGCGUCGCGUUCUCUCUACGAUCCCGAUGCACGGACAGAAAAAGAGAGAGAGCGAGAGAGAGGCCACCCUAAUCAGGGCCCGUAGAUAAGCUCCGAGUGAACUUGACCCCGGUGCCGGUCCAGUGUGUGCUUUCGCGGUAGCCGGAGCCCAGUGCAACAGGUCCCAGAGGCAGCUCUUCCGUCUUCCGAGGCCUCUGUCGGACCGAUCCGCAUUCCUCCCGUGGUCCCGGUGCCCGUAGGACCCACGUCGGGACUCCGGCAGUCGGUUAACCUUGAGCAGUGUACCAAAUACUUCGGCCAGACGGAGCCGAGCCGACCCUCGAGGCAGUUCGGGCCAGCGAAUCGAGAGAACCGCGGUCCGGACGCUAAUUGAGAUCGGCGCGAGAUCCAAGGACGGGCCGAGCCAAUAAAAACGGUGGAAAGGCCCAGAAACACGGCAGAGGUCCUUGAGGAUAUUUCGGAGCGGGUACCUGCCGCAGAAGAAAGUUCCCGCCGCAUCCGGCUCCUUCGGACAGCUUCGGACAGCUCCCGAGAUAUCGCGAGAAGAGUCUCUUUUCUCUCGGACCUUCGGCCGAUCUUCGGGCCGAUUUCGCAAUUCCGCGGGCGAGUUUCGCGGCCCGGUCGUGCACCCGCGGGUCGAAACGGGUCGCCGAGGGCGGCACCGAGCUGCUCCGCGCGGAAUGACGCGGCCCUGCGCCGGAAUCCCGGCGAUCUGACCACGCCGAUGCGCUUUUUCCCGUGACCGGCCCGUGUGGACAGCUGCGGAAUGGCAGGCGUCGCGCGUGCUCUUCUUUCCGAAAGAUUGAAUGGAGCUGUCCCGAGGGCGGUCUGACGAUCAAUCGACCUGCCGGACUCGUCUCGAACGCAGCGGCUUGGCACGUCAGCGUGAGUCGAAUCGGAGAGAGGGACAGUGUCUUCGGAUCGAUACGCAGCCGGUCUAGGGACAGUAGUCCAGAAGAUGUUGCAAAGCUGCAACGGUGGCGGGUCGAGAUGCGCCCGGCGCGCCCUUGUCUUCGUGUUCGCCUGGGGGCUGGUGAUGAUCGCGGCGGUGCAGUUCCGGCACGUGGAGAACAGCCUGAGGGAGUCCCCGACGGCCGAUGAGACGGCCGGCGACGUCCUGGUGGAGGACGCGUACCGUCGCCGAGACGAGCCGGUGAACCAUCGCGGCUCCUCGAGCCUCGGCCUGUCGCGGUACCUUCUGCAAAGGUCGCCGGCGGACGCCAGUUUCUCGAACUCGGCCGGGUCCGGCAUCCUGACGACCUUGACCACGCUGCUGAACGGGCCGACGAAGAAUCCGCUGGACCUGGAGCCGAUGCUGGACAAGAGGCCGGCUAAAACGGAAGAGGAGCUGAUCCGAGAGAUCGAACAAAGGCUGCCGAGCCUUCCUCUGGCCUACUGGAGCAAGAACAACAAGUACUCCGGCGGUCAGAGCAAGUCGAAGAGCAACGACAGCUGCUCGAACCUGAAGUAUCCCUCUAUCUACGACAUAGAGUUCAACAACGUCUACUGGCAGACGAUGAGGACCAGCAACGGGACGUUCCAGUUCUUCGGCGCGUUCUACGACAGGCGCAAGCUGUCGAGGAUCGGGCCGGCGAUCAGGAUAGUGGGGAUGAUCGACCGGAUCGAGCCCACCGUGAAGACCCAUUGCCAGCUGUGGUACGACGGGGAGAGGGAGCCGAGGGUGGUCGAGACCUUGGAGUACAAGUACAUCUGGUACCCGAAGUGGGGCAACUACAAGCAGGGCAUCUACCAGCCCUACGUGAUCGCCUGCAAGGUGCCCCAGUCCCACUGGCUGAAGGGGCCGCCGGCCUCUGUCUCGAUGGUCGAGAAGCCGUGCGACACGCCCAGCAACAACCUCCGGGUGAUCUACAACAAGCCCGAGCGCAAGAAAGACUUCGCGGUCUGCGUGAAAGGCCUGGACUUUCUUCACGAGGACCUGUCGGUCAGGCUGGUCGAGUGGAUCGAGCUGAUCACGCUGCUCGGCGCCGACAAGAUCUUCUUCUAUCAGCUCCAGGUGCAUCCGAACGUGACCAAGGUGCUCGACCAUUAUCAGAGGCUGGGCAAGGUGCACGUCACACCGCUGACCCUGCCCGGCGGCCAGCCGAACGUGCCCGCGUUCCAGCACAUGUACCUCACCAAGAAGACCAACCACAAACGGCAGAACGAGCUGAUACCCUACAACGACUGCCUCUACAAGCACAUGUACGAGUACGAGUACAUCGCGUUGCUGGACGUCGACGAGGUGAUCAUGCCGGUCAAGGACGCCACGUGGCAGGACCUGAUGAAGAGGGUGCUGAACAAGGCGUUCAAGAUUAGGAACGAGACCAGGGCGUCGUACAACGUCAGGAACGUCUACUUCCUCGACGACCUACUGCACUCCCAUGGGUUCUUCAAGGACAUACCGAAGUACAUGCACAUGCUGCAGCACGUGUACCGCUCGAAGAACUUCACGAAGCCGAACCAGUACAUCAAGUGCUUCCACAACCCCGAACGGGUGGUCACCCUGCACAACCACUUCCCCUUAGCCUGUUUGGGCGCGGGCUGCACCAGCUACCCUAUCGAGACCGAGGACGCGCAGCUGCAGCAUUACCGAGCGGACUGCGUGAAGUCGUUGAAGAAGACCUGCGUCGAGUACAGGGAGAACAGCGUGUUGGACACGACGAUAUGGCGGUACAGGGACCAGCUGAUCGACAGGGUCACCAGGACCCUGGAGGCUCUGGGCUUCUUCAGGCCCAGCUAGCCCCAGGCAGGGCGCUCCGUUCCGAACGUUCCUCCAUUUCCGCUUCCCGCGUUGCUCCACGGCUUGCCCGCUCCUCGAGAUCCCGCGGGACGAGGCUGCUCGUCGACGACGGCCCCCUCGCUCUAGCUCGCUUCCGCUUAUUUCGUUCCGCUCUUCGACGAAGAGCCGGCGAGGACGAAGCUUUCCGGCGACGAAUUCGCCCAAAACCUCGGCGAACGGCGCGACGCCGCCGGCCGAACGGGAUCCUCUAACAAGAGAAAAGAUCGAUUUCGAAAGAGCUCAUUGAUCGUUGGGCAACCUGCUGGAAACGCCGGGGAAACGCUGCGUCAUCCAGAGGUGCAAGAAUUUAAUGAGUAGUCUCGUUUCAAAACUUCCCAGCUCGCGGACGAACCGGAUGAUGAAAUUAGCUAAACAGCCGCUGCCGGUUUAUCCUCGUUCUCGAUAACCGUGAUCGAUGCUGCAGCGAUCGCUGGAUCAACGACUGCAGAUGUUCGUUGACUAUGGGACAAAUUGCGUCCUCUAGGAGGCCGGUUAACUCGUCGCGAUGUCCUAUUUUCCUCGCGCCUUCGAGGCUGCUCUUUGCCUUCGGGACUCUCGCGUCCUAAAAUUCCUUGGGCCAGCAGGUUGCCGCCAAAUCGGAGCACCCGCUGCGUCCGAGACGAUGACUCAAUUUUCUAGAAUUCGUUUUCUAGAGUUCCAAACUCGCUGGAGAGUCGUCGCGAGCGAUCGAGGUCUCCUCGAGAUCGGGACCAGCGAACGCGACGUUUCAGCAGCGUCGCGGCUCGUCGCGAGGAGGAUCGGCGCGCGCGCGCGGCGUCCCGCGAAAAAGCGCGAGCGGUCCUCUCCGGCUCGGCACAAAGAAUCGAAAGCGUGGGUAUCGGGUGUCCGCGACGAUUCCCCGGGCUUGCGCAACGCCAUUGCGGUCGAGAUUUUGCGAAACGAGGCGCGCACGGUUUGCCAAUCGGCCGGGCCGCCGGAUCGGCAGGAGAGCCCGCGAGGAUCGUCCUUGCUAUAUUUAGCACCGGCCCGAACUUGUGCAAGCGCAAUGUGCACGUUGCCCCGAGAGAUUCGCGCCGGUUCCCGACCGAUCGUGCGGCACGAAUCCGCGGAACAGUUCCGCAAGAGCUGCUCGAAAAAUCCUUGUCAACCGAGUUCCAGGUAACUGUACCGCGGCAAGGAUCGUUCUAAUCGAUUCGUAGAUUCAGUCCAGCCGUUCCGAUCGUCCUAGAACGAUCCGGGUCGUUUGCCGCGCUCUAUUUUUCCUGUUCCAUUCGACAGAGAAUGACGAGAGAAAAAAUCAUCGCUUUUUGAUAAUUAAUUAUCGGGCUGCGAAUUUUAUGCGUUCGCGGGACAAAAUGAGUGGCCGAAAUAUGAAA